AUGCAAUUCAGGCAAGUCACGAUUUCGGCGGCCCUGGUUGCACUAUCGUGGACGGCGCUGUCCUCGGCUCACCAACACGGUCCGCGGCUCGGAGUGCGGUCCGGUGCAGGUAUCGAUCUAAACAGUUUAAACGGCCGCCAGACAGUUGUAUAUACCACGGAUGGAACUUGCGGCAACGACUAUGCGGGUGCCGGGAAAGGAAUGCACUGUCCAAAAGAAGGGGGAAACCUCUGCUGCAGUUAUAAAGGUUACUGUGGCGACAAAGAUGAACAUUGUGGUAUAUGUCAACCAGCAUUCGGAAAAUGCCACGAAGGAGACUCCACAACUGCACGAGUGACUGUGUGUGGUCCAACACAUAACAAUGCGAAGUGUAUCAACGGCGAGUGCUGCUCGUCGGUUGGAUAUUGCGGUACAACUACCGCCCAUUGCAAGAGCCCUGACUGCUUGAUCAAUUUUGGAACAUGCGAUGCUUCACAAACUCCAGACGGUGAGAAUACCGCUUCGGUCGAUCGGUCGCCAAUCGGGAAUGUAUCCUACACCACGGAUAUCCACAGCUGUACCAGGGCAGGUAAUGUUGCUCUGACCUUCGACGACGGUCCGUACAAAUACACUCCCGAAAUCCUCGAUCUUCUGACGGAAUACGACAUGAAGGCGACAUUCUUUGUGACCGGCGUCAACCUCGGCAAGGGAGCCAUUGAUGAUCCGACAUACGGUUGGGACACUAUGAUCAAGCGCAUGAUCGCCGACGGACACCAAAUCGCUUCCCACACCUGGUCACAUGCUGAUCUCACCAAGAUCACGAAGGAACAAAGAAAGGAUGAGAUUAUCAAGCUCGAGAUGGCACUUCGCAACAUCUUGGGCGACGGCUACAUCCCCACGUAUAUGCGUCCUCCAUACUCUUCCUGCACUGAAGAAUGCAGAUCCGAUCUGAACGAUCUGGGCUACCACAUAACUUAUUUUGACCUCGACACCGACGACUACAAUCGAGGGACGCUCGAAACGAUCUCCGGUUCGAAGCUGAUCUUUACCAACAAAGUAUCUACCGUGGACCCAGCAAACUCCAAGUUCCUCGUCAUCGCCCACGACAUCCAAGAGAUGACAGUGACGCAGUUGACGAAGCACAUGCUGCAGACCAUCAAGGAUGCCGGGUUCAAGGGCGUGACCGUGGGUCAGUGUCUCGACGAUCCCGAAGAGAACUGGUAUCGGAGCGGUGGAGGGGACGCAGUAACGAAUUAUACCGCAGAGGCGUCGGCUAGUGCGGGGAGCGAGAAGAGUGUUAACACGGCGGCGGCGUCGGCGAAGGGAUCAGCGAAGGGAUCGGGAUCGGCUGUCACAGUUAGUGCAGUAGGAUUCACCAUGUCGGUGGGUAUGGCUCUUGGUUUGGGCUUCUGGGCAGUGAUUUAG